UGAUGAAGCUUCAUUAUCACAAAUGUCUAUGGGCAACUCUGAAAGCUGAUCCGCGAUCUGGCUAAGCCCGCUCUGAAUAUGGCUGAGCUUUACCGCGUCACGCAAAGCGCCUUACGAUCUGCGUCAAUUCUUCGAAGCUCUGCGUCCAGAUGGCCAUCAAGUCCAAUGCCCUGCAUACGGCAGCUGUCCAGUACACCGAUUCUCCGCCCAAUCGAACUUAGUAACGGAAGACUUCCUAUAACCUAUAUUCAACACCAUAAUUAUGCGUCAUGGACCUUGAGAGAUCCGCAGUCGAUAUCUAACAAAGGGGAGGAGAUUAAAAAACCUGAGAUGUCAACAUACGACGAAGACGAUAUCUUUGCGCCCGAAAUCGACUUCGAAACCGGUGAAUUAACUAAGAACCCAGAAGUGCGCGCAGAACUCACCCGACCUCCGAUGCGUCUAAUUCCACGAACUGGUCGUACUAUACGCACAGGGAAAACUGUCGAUGUAGCAAGAUCCUUCACGCUCUUAAACAUGCAAGUGUCUCAGAACAGAGUUAGACAGGAUUUGUUCCGACAGAGAAACCACGAGCGGCCAGGUUUGAAACGAAAGAGAUUGAAGUCCGAACGAUGGCGAAGGCAGUUUAAGAAGGGAUUCAAGGCCUGCGUCGUGAGGGUUAAAGAGUUGACGAGACAGGGUUGGUAAGGUUACGACUCAC